CGGCAUUUAACAUUCGCAGGGCCGACACACGCCCUAUCCAAUUGACCAACCUCCCUACUAGUCAGGAAAUUGUUAGCACCGCUACACGACCUGGCCCGGUGCCCGGCCUCUCUACACUGAUUUUACUGCUACAACGGAUUGAUUACCAAGGGAUAUAAGCACACCAGCUUCGGAAAUGUCCCUACGAACUUUCAUCACAGCGCUUCCCAGGAAGGCGGUGAAGAGAGCGAAUUGGAGGCCCACGGCGUCAGUAUCGCUUUCGAGCUAUGGCGACCAACAACGGCACGGGAUGGCAACAAGUGCUCCGCCUGUCACACAAGAUUCCGCGGGAUCGAAGGGGCCGACUGCUAUGGUAUUCCUGAACAUGGGGGGCCCGCAAACAACAAAGGAUGUUGGCGAUUACUUGAGCAGACUAUUUGCAGAUCCCGACAUAAUACCCCUUGGACGGCUUCAGUCAUACCUGGGGCCCCUCAUCUCCCAUCGUAGGACGCCCAAAAUCGAGAAGCAGUAUGCGGCCAUUGGAGGGGGAUCGCCGAUUAAAAAAUGGUCUGAGUACCAAUGCAAGGAGAUGUGCAAGAUCCUCGACAAGAUAUCACCAGAAACUGCACCACAUAAACCAUACAUUGCGUUCCGAUACACAGCCCCUUUGACAGAAACUACCUAUGCCCAGAUGCUCGAGGAUGGAUUUGGCGGAGGCAAAGGAGGUCGUGCAGUGGCGUUUACACAAUACCCGCAAUAUUCUUGCUCCACGACAGGCAGCUCAUUGAACGAACUGUGGAAAUGGCGAAACCGACUGGAAAGCAAGCGCGUGACUGGGGAACAGGAACCGGAGGGAGCCAUACAGUGGAGCGUCAUUGACCGAUGGCCUACGCAUUACGGUUUGGUAGAGGCGUUCGCUCAGAAUAUUGAAAAGCAACUUGCGACAUAUCCUGAAGAGCGGAGGAGAGACGUUGUUCUCCUCUUCUCUGCUCAUAGCUUGCCGAUGAGCGUUGUAAAUCGAGGUGAUCCAUAUGCAGCAGAAGUCUCCGCAACCGUCUACGCAGUCAUGCAGCGACUGAAUUUCUCAAACCCGUACCGCCUCUGCUGGCAAUCUCAAGUCGGCCCCUCAGCCUGGCUAGGAGCCCAAACCAGUGAUACAGUUCAAAACUACGUGAAAAAGGGACAAACGGACCUUCUUCUGGUUCCUAUCGCCUUUACCAGCGACCACAUCGAAACCCUUUUCGAACUGGACCAGGAAGUCAUCCACGACGCGAACAGCCCCGGCGUCAAGCGAGUUGAGAGCCUGAACGGGAACCCGAUCUUCAUCCAGGGUCUUGCGGACAUUGCUGCGGCCCAUUUGCGCAGCGGAGAAACUUGUUCGCGCCAGAUGACGCUCCGGUGCCAGGGCUGUACGAGCGAAAGGUGUCUGGAGCAGAAGAAGUAUUUCGCGGGGCCUGAGCUCGCGAAUCUUGUACGAUAAGUGGAGUGGGGGAAUAAUGUUUCGAUUUGCUCGUGAAUUCGUUACGCUUUACAUGCAUGUAUUCUUAUAUGUGUGCGCGAUUUUAAAAAUUUGUGUGUUAUGUUAGACGCGCGAAUUUGUCGCCGAGGAUCAUUUCCACUUUUUUGUUUUAUCUAAAAUAUGUAUAUUAAUUAAAUAUACCCCAGUGUUCAAUGGAAGGAUGUCGUAUUAAAUUUAUCGAUGUCAAUUACCAACGUGCACAUGACCUGAUCCUUAUAUAUCAGUACCUGUUAAACGGAAAUGAACUCCUAUCUACACUGGGUGCGGAGGUAGUUAUGAUCCAUUGGAUUUACUAUUCAACCCAUGUUAAUCCCUCUUUGCCCCAACUCUAACAACGAGAAGGGGUCCUUCAGCAACGAAUCACUUUCUUAUACUUCAAAUAGAGAAAUGUUUCUUCCUAUUGUCCCGAGUAUUGCGUUCGAAUAGUUCACCUCUCUGAUAUUACACAAACCCUAGGAUAUUUCAAUAGCCACCUUCCCCUUGUGCUUCCGAGACGCCAGAUACUCGUACGCCUCCCUAGUCUGCUCGAGAGUAAAGACCUUCGAAUCCAACACAGGACGCAGCUUAUCGACAUUAGCCUCGAUGGCCCUGCACAUCUCGUCCAUCUGCAGCCUACUUCCAGUCCAGACUCCCCGUGCCGUAAACCCGCCCAUUAAAACAUCAAUCAGCCCAGGCAUCGGAUCCCCUUCCCCAGGUUGUGGCGGAGCCAUAAACCCAAUCAUAUUGACAAUUCCAUCCAGCUUCACACUCGCAACACUCUGCUUAAGCGUCGCCGCGCCUACGACGUCCACAACAAUAUCAACCCCAAGCCCGCCAGGCGUCAACGCCUUCGCCGCAACGCCCCACUCGGCCGUCUCCUGGUAGUUGAUAAUAUGAUCUGCCCCCAGCUUCUCCAGCAAGCCCACCUUCUCCGCCGACCCCGUCGUCGCAAUCACCUUGGCACCCACAGCCUUCGCAAACUGAAUCGCAAACAAACUCACCCCCCCAGUGCCCUGCGUCAGCACCCACUGGCCCGGCAUAACCUGCUUCCCAGCCAAUCCGAAUAGGGCGUUCCAGGCCGUCAGCCCUGCGCAGCCGAGCGUCGCGGCUUCAGUGAAGCUUAGGCCCUUAGGCAUCGCGACGAGUCCCUGCUCGUCAAACGCGCCCACGGUACGUAGAGUGCCAUGGUAGGUGCCGCCCAGCCCGGAUCGUGAUGCUUGUACAGUCAUUGGACCUGCAAUGUGUGCUUGGUUGAUAGUUGUUGUGACCUUGUCGCCUGGCUUGAAGCGGGUGACAUUUUUGCCAACGGCAAGGAUUGUGCCGGCGCCGUCGGAGCCAGGGACUACGUUGGGUCGAAUAAGAAUUGGAUAGACCCCGUGCAGAAUGAGGAGGUCCCGGGCCUAAUUUUGUUGGUUAACAGAGAGAGAAAGUCUUAAGGGUGGGAGUGACGUGAACGAUACAUUUAGAGCCGCUCCUUGGACUAUUUAUAUAGAACAACUUGUUUUAGCUGGUGCCAUUUUUAUUCCCCUCCUCCUCCGCUUUCAUGGCAGGCUUUGCUUCUUUUCCCUCGUGCCCGCGCCUCAUGGCUAAAGGAAGUGCGUAAUCAACUUACGUUUUACCAAAACCUGAUGAUCUUCAAGCUCAGGCACUGGCUCCUCUGUGAAUUUAAGAGAUGCAAAGCCAUUCUGGCUGGUGAGACUCCACUGCUUCGUGGUCCUGGGGAUUGGUUGUGUCAUGGCUGGAGGAGGUUCUUGGAAUAUAAAUAUAUAAUAGUGACGUUUGGGUGUAACUUGUAUAUUUAUUUUUAUGUAUAAGUUAGUUAGCUAUGGAUGGAUAAAUAGACGAUUUGGG